GACGGGGAUGUAAUUUGAGAGUCGGGGAGAGGGUAUCAUUAGGCUAAACGUAGAGCGGUGCAUGAGCACUGCAGAUGUUGAAAGCAACCAAGGACACGGGCUGAGAGCUUUCACAUCAAAUCAUCCGUUGUCGACGCAGGAUAUCUUUGUUGGCAAAAUAACGCAGCAGGACAUCUUUGACAAGUGCGUGGCCCAGGGGUCUUAAUUCUACAGCAACUCAAAAGGACAGCGGAGAUUACCAGAGGAAAGUUUGGUUUGAUAGCCUGUGAUAUUGCUGGGAUUCAAGUCCUGAGUGAGCCGCGCUAAGAUAAACUACCUGUCUUCACAUUUUGGAGAAAUGCGAUAACAAAUAGCGGUGCGUGGAUUCCGACCGGAGAGAUCAUCACUUCACCAGUCUAAACGGAAUCUUUUCACAACUUUUCCAAAUAUUGGAGUUUAUGUUGUGUGAGAAACGAUGGCUGCUCCUCACCUUAUACUAACUCUGUGGUUACUCACUCUGCGCCUUUGUAGCGCAAUAUUUUUGGGACCGUUGUACCCGGAGAUGUCCAACGGCACUUUCCAUCAUUACUUCGUACCGGACGGCAACUAUGAGGAAAACGACGACCCGGAGAAAUGUCAAAUGCUUUUUAAAAUGACAGACGAGAGAAAAUGCAGCCUGGACGAAGACCAGGACUCUGUCAUCCGUGACGAUUUCACUAUCAUAAAGCGCCACAUCGAGGACGCGGCCAGGGUUCUGGAGGGGAUUGGGAAGAGCAUCUCGUACGACCUGGACGGGGAGGACAGCUACGGAAAAUACUUGAGGAGAGAGACCACGCAGAUCAGCGAGGCAUUCAGCAACUCCGAGAAAUCUCUGCUGGAGUUGGAGGUGAAAUUCAAACAGAGCCAAGAGACCGAGCUGAGGGAAGACCACCGCAUCGGUGACGACUUCCUCAAUAUGAUCGUUCACACCAGAGACGUGUUGAAGGAGACUCUGGACAUUUCACUGGGGCUGAAAGACAAACACGAGCUCCUGUCGCUCAUCAUCAGGAGCCACGGGACCAGACUAAGCCGGCUGAAAAAUGAGUACAUGAAAGUCUGAGUCAGACUGAAUAUGUGGCUAUAUCCUCAGGCUUUGUUUGCAUUUUUAAGGAGGGGGAACACCCCGACGAGGGCGCAUUCUCCUUACCUUUAUAAAGCUGUUGAUAUUCAUUCAUUUUAACAUUAUUUAAUUUUAUGCCAUACAUUUAAUUAAAUAAAUGUAACGAGGUUGAGAAAGUCCUCCUUUUUGAGAGUACUCAAGAAGAGAGAGAGAGAAGGGUUAAAUGUGUUUUGAGUGACUUGACCACCUGAGUCAUUUUGGAGAACAAGAGGCGCACAUUAUGUGCUGAAACAAUGGCUGGGUCCUAUGGGUACCUCGUGGUCCACAGGGGGAGUGAUAUUGUCAGGCAUAUAGAUUAAAUUCUGCAUUUUUGUGAUAGAAAGGCAACAAUGAUCUCAGUUGAUUGUAAAAAUCGUAUGGGGUCAGUUUAUUGGUGCAGAAUAACUGCAUUCAUAUCACAACAUGUGGGGAAAGUGCAUAGAAUGUAGGAGCACAUGCCUUGAAUGUUUAUUGCAGGAAAAACAGGAACUUUUUUGCAGCUCUGCCCAUUUUUUAUUCUGCGCUUGAGCAGUGUAAGCACACACAGUUAAUAAGAACUGUACAUCAGUGUCAAAAUAAAGUACCUUUAUUUAAUAAUGUGAUGUUUUGUAUUAUUUUAUUAAUAAUAAUAUUAUGAUGUUAAUUAUGAUAAUGAGUCGAGGUUGUAAACAAUCUCUAAUUUUAAUCCAGCAAUAAGGUCCUGAAUAUCUUUGUGUGGGACAGGAUAUGUCAUUAUGUGGUUAUUGAAAUGUAAUACUGUGAGUGUCUAUAUUUUUAUGUUGAGUGAAAACAAAUAUUCUUGAUGUGAAAUUGUGCAUCAUCAUAGCUAAGUAUAUAUUCUUGUGAUGGCAAUGUUUUGAGAUUAUGAGGCAUCAUAAUGACUGGGGGUGUUUAAUCCCAAAAACCAAAGAUGACUGCGGGCAGGAUUAUUGAACUUCAAACACUCAAGGUGUGUCUUCAUCUGAGAGUUAGUUGUUUUAAUAUAAUAAAAUCUUCAAGCUUAAGCGCGUA